CGUCUGGGUUUCAAGUCCUGCGCACUUUACGUAGGAAACAUAAAUGGUUUUGGCGACCGAAUAGGCAAUACCUUCGUAUACACCCUGGCAAAUUAUGAACUGAAUGAGGUCAAUGGCGUAUAUGUCGCCGGUAUAUCGUCAUUGCGUGCUGCGAUGAAUUGUCUGGCUGCGUUGCAGUCUCUAUCGGAAAACAGCCCGGGUCUUCAGGCGUCAACUGACGUCGAAAAAGCUCUUGUCUUCCAGUACAUUGAAUGGAACCAGCGGUUUCUUCAAUCAAAAUCAGACAAAGCUGAGCAGAAGAAACAGCUUCGCAUUCUUUCUACCGACUUACAGAAUCGCACCUAUCUGACUGGUUUUGCUAUCAAGGCAGUUGACUUCCUUAUUGCUGAUUCUAUUAAAGAGUCCUUGGAAAUAAUUGACUUCAAGCUCCUCCGAACGAUCAGGGUUGAAAACGCAAAACUUGGGACCAUUGACUAUGUGCACCCGGACGGCACUGUAGUAUUCAGGACAUCGGCCGAAGAGAAGGGCAAGGUCAUUCUCCAGCUGGGUACAGCCGAUGCUCGAAGAGCGCUACAGGCCGCGAAGCACGUGUAA